GCUACGUCGGUCUACCUUCAGCACCAAGUAUGCCUGAAUACCGGCGUCAGCCGCUGAAAGGGAUAUUCCUGUUCUAUCAACUGUUCACUACCCUCCUAUUUCGCGUACCGACAUGGGCACUCAUUUCCCUCUAUCCGAAAUGGCGGCCUCGGCCAUCAUGGUCUAUCACGCGUUGCAUCUACAUACGCCUGUGGAGACACCUUUUCCAUGUUGGUAACAAGGUCGGUAAACUGGGAAAAACUCCAGACCAUCUCGCUAUCGUGUCAGGGAUCGGAGUCAAGGGUAUCUGGGUAGAACCCGCCCCCGAACUUAUCGUGGGGGAAGUCAAGGAAUGGGCCGAUGUCGCACAAAUCGAGCCCAUCCGCCUUCCUGGAUAUUGGUUGGACAAGAGUGGAUCGGACACCAAGCCUGGAGAGCCUCCUGCUCCGGGCGAGAAGGUCGUUUAUGCCCUUCAUGGCGGGGCAUACGUUUCCCUGUCAGCGAAUCCAGCGGAUCCGACUGCCAAUAUCGCGAAGGGACUACUUCAGCAUUGUGAUCAUGUGCGACGCGUUUUCUCUCUUGAAUAUCGGUUAUCCGUCGGCCCCCCAUAUGAUCCUGCUCAUCCGUUCCCGACUGCGUUGGUCGAUGCCGUCUCCGGUUACAACUAUCUUAUCAACGUCGUGGGACUCAAACCCGAAGAUAUCAUCGUGGAGGGCGACUCCGCCGGGGGAAAUUUGGCUCUCGCGCUUUCCCGCUACCUGAUUGAGAAUCGGACCCACGCGAGCGUACCUGCCCCUCCUGGCGCGCUUAUCCUCAUGUCGCCCUGGUGCGACCUGAGCAAGUCCCACCACAGUCCGGAGUCCAGCACGUUCAAGAACGCCAACUCUGACUAUCUCAGCAUGCAUGACACCCCACCGGACAGACUAUUCUAUCCCGUCCGGGCUUUCAUUGGGCCGCAUGAUCCCAGUUGGCUCGACGCGAAUCGGUAUAUAUCACCUGCCUCGUUGAACCUCAACCCGUUGGGGCCGGAUAACAAAGGGCUUUUUUCUGGAUUUCCGAGGACGUUCAUCGCCGCGGGAGGCGCUGAGGUGCUCCUCGACCAGAUUCGGACGCUUAAAGACCGCAUGGUCGGGGAUUUGGGCAACGCGGUAACGUAUUCCGAAGCGCCAGACGGCGUCCACGACUAUGCGUGUUUCGAGUGGCACGAGCCAGAGAGGUCGGAGACGUUCAUCCAGAUUUCCAAAUGGUUACAAUCUCCUCUUUCCUCAGUUUCAUAGCCGUUGCUCUCAGCACCCAGGCUCUUUGCCGUCGGAGACGUCACCAUGCCAGAUGUUGAUAACGAACCCAAGGCCUCGAGGCCAUGCAUUCUCACGUACGUAGUAUUGCUCAACGCGUCAUUAGCCACGCAAAGCCUUGUCUUUGUCCAUAUGAAGGCACUACGAUGGGUGCUGGUACUUAUCUAAACAAUACACUACAUUCU